CCCUUGUCACGUGCUCCUCCUUGGCCGGCGUGUGUCGCAUGUAGUUGGGGCAUCAUGGCUGGGCUCCUUCGAACGGCGUGGCGGCAUCGCUCUGGCCUUUGGGCCGUCAGGCUGGGACGCGGCGCUACCGCCCACGGCCCUUCCUUGCCACCGCCCCACGCCAUGCGGGCCGCGCUCUCCCGCGGCAGCAGUAGACAUCUGAUCUACCAGGCAAGGCUUUUCACGGUUGCAACACAAGAGAAAGGAGAUGUCCAAGAACCACCAGCUUCAGCUGUUCGAAUCAAGCAGGCACAGUAUUUUGACUGGGCCUUGAACAAACUGGAUAGUUCUAUCAGAAGAACCGGGCGCAUCACUAGAUCCCUUCUGAUAAAAAUAUUCCAUGAUGUGUGUAGAACAGGGCUUCCAAGUAGUAAUCAGGCCCUGCUGUUGUUGAGAAGCUGUGGUUCCUUGUUGCCUGAACUGAAUCCAGCAAAUCGAACAGAACUUGCCCAUUCUAUAUGGACCAAACUGAAAAAUCUGGGUGUUGUAUAUGAUGUAAGCCAUUACAAUGCUUUGCUAAAAGUCUACCUUCAGAAUGAACACGCAUUCUCUCCAACUGAAUUCUUAACAAAAAUGGAAGAAGCUAAUAUUCAGCCCAAUCGAGUGACAUACCAGCGAUUGAUUGCUGCCUAUUGCAGUAAGGGAGAUAUUGAUGGUGCCAGCCAUAUUCUUUCUUUCAUGAAGAGCAAAGAACUCCCAAUCACAGAGUCUGUAUUCAGUGCCCUUGUGACAGGCCAUGCAAGAUCUGGAGAUAUGGAGAAUGCAGAAAAUAUCCUUUCUGUGAUGAAAGAUGCUGGAAUCGAACCUGGUCUGGACACUUAUGUCUCAUUACUGAACGCAUAUGCUGAGAGAGGGGACAUAAACAAAAUUGAAGAGAUCCUGGAAAAUAUUGAGAAGGCUGAUAAUUACCCUUUGGACAGGGAUUUGAUGGACAUCAUUGCUACUCUUACUAAGGCUGGGUAUCCUCAGUAUGUGGAAAAUAUUUUGGAGAAAAUGCGACAUGACCGAGGAUACAUUCCAGAUGCCAUGAAUCUCAGUCUCAGCUUAAUUACACAAGGCUUCGAAGACACAGCUUUUCAAGUUCUGAAGUCAUUUCCUACGUCAACAUUAGAUACCCAGAAUGGAAACAAUUUAGACCGUGGCAAUUUCUUCUUACGGCAUUGUGUACAUAUGGAAAAGCCAGCAGCAAAGCUGAAACAUUUUUGUGAUGAGUUGAAAGGAGCCAGCCUUCAUACUGCUCCCCUACAUUUUGCUCUGCAUACCGCGUUGGAGUCAAAGAAAACUGCUCUAGCAAUUGACCUGAUGAAGAUAAUGAAAGAAGAAGGCUUACCUGUCAGACCUCACUAUUUCUGGCCAUUACUGGUUGAACAUCAGAAGGAGAAGAAUGUUCAAGGUACAGUUGAAAUCCUCAAAGCAAUGCAUGAAAUGCAGGUAGAGCCUGAUGUGGAAACAUAUGCCAACUAUGUUUUGACAAAUUUUGAUGAUAUCAGCUCUUUGAGUAAUUUGCUAAAGGAACAAGGUUGCCCCAUACAAACUAGUGCACUCGUUGCAUCAGAAAUCAGGCAUGAAGCUGCCAAUGGAAGACUGGAUAAAGUGUUGGCAUUAAUAUCGUCAUCAGAUACGCCAUCUGUGGAUCUCAUUCUGUUCAGAGGUAGUCUAACCGUUGGAUUCAAAAGGUGCGAUGAUGUAGAUCUUUGGAGCAAGAUAACAGAACUGUUGUACAAGGAUGGACGUUAUUGCCAGACGCCUCCAGGACCAACUGAAGCUGUUGGAUAUUUUCUUUAUCACUUGAUUGACAGCAUGAGUGACUCAGAGGUACAGGCCAAGGAGGAGCGGUUGAGACAAUACUUCCAUCAGCUGAAGAAGAUGAAUAUAGUAAUCCCUCACAACAUCUUCAGAGGUAUUUGUAACAUACUGGACAGCUGUCAUGUUCCCGAAUUAAUUAAGGAUGCAGUUUUAUUGACUGAUAGAGAAAAACUAUCACAAGGUGAUAUAGCAAAAUUUGCAGGGCUUUCAGUGUCUGACUUGGAGGAAAAACUCAGCCAGCUUAAAGCUGAAAACCAGCCUGUUGAAGAUACUCUCAAGCAACUCAUAUUUGCUCUUUGUUCAGAAGAGAAUAUGCAGAAAGCCCUUGAAGUGAAAGCCAGAUAUGAACCGGACAUGGUUGUUGGUGGCUAUGCCGCUUUAAUAAAUUUGUGCUGUCGACACGAUAACGCAGAAGAGGCAAUGAACCUGAAAGAAGAACUCUGCCGUAAAGAUUCAUCUGCUGUUCUUGAUGCAACAAAGUGUGUAUCUUUGGUGAAAGUUUUGUGGAAAGGUGGCAGACUGGAAGAUGCUAUUAACAUUUUAAAGGAGAUGAAAGAGAAGGAUGUCCCCAUUAAAGAUACAACUGUCACAUCCUUUUUCCACCUCCUUAAUGGUGUGGCCUUGCAGGGUGAUGUUGAAGCAGUGAAUCAGCUAUAUGAGUCCAUUGUGACCAUAGGUUUAGCCAAACCUACAGGAAACCUGUGUUCUCCACUCAUUACAGUAAAUCUUGAAAAGGAUGAUUUACCAGCAGUUGUGGAAACUCUGUUUGACUGUUGCAAGAAGUACAGCACUCUCCCAAGGCUUCAUGAUAUCUUGUGCAGGUUGAUAGAGAAGGGAGACACAGAACUCUUACAGAAAGUUAUGGAUUUCGUGAGCCAAGAAAAAGGUGAAAUGAUGAUGCUGUAUGAUCUCUUCUUCGCCUUCUUGAAUACUGGAAAAUACAAAGAAGCCAAGAAGAUCAUUGAGACUCCUGGCUUGAGAGCUCGUCCAAGUCGGCUGCGGUGGUUUGCAGAGAAGUGUAUUAUAAACAAUAAUGUUGAAGCCAUGGAGAACUUGGUGGAAUUGACACAAAAGCUGUUUGAGUGUGAUAGAGAUGAGAUGCAUUACUAUCUGUUAAAAUUGUGCAAGCAAAACAAUGAUGUGCAAAGGGCUGACUGCAUUUGGACUAAAAUGCAAGAAGAAAAUGUCAUCCCGCGUGAAAGAACCUUGAGGUUGCUAGCAGAUAUUCUUAAAGCAAAUAAUCAGGAAGUUCCUUUUGAUGUGCCUGAGGCUUGGUUUGAUGAGGAUGUCUGUCCUCCCCCUUCGUCCUCUUUGCAACCUUCUGAACCAUCUUCUGAUCCUCAGAAACAAAUAUUCAUACUCUGCAAAAAGGGUAAAGUUGAAGAAGCAUACAACAUUUUACUAGAGGCACAAAAGGAAGAUAUUACGUUUGAUUCCCAUGGUUAUUCCCAUCUUAUAAAAGCUCUGCUGAGUGAGGGUUUUCUUGAAAAAGCCCUCAAAGUAAAAAGCAUUGCUGAGACCCACAUCAAGGGCUUCGUGCUGAACGAUGCUGCCAGCAGCCUCCUCAUCAUAACGCAAGUUAGGCGGGAUUAUUUGAAAGAUGCAUUGUCUUCUCUCACGACCCUUCUUAAAAGAGAUGGAGUGCCCAAUCCACUCGCCAUUACACGUCUUGUUCAGGCUUUGGCUCAGAAGGGAGAUCUGGAAAGCAUCUGCGCAGUUGAGAAAAUGAUGGGAAGCCUCAGCAGUUCUAUUAAAUUGUCACAUAUGCUUUUCAUCAAUAAUACCGUAUUGGCUCACAUCAAAAAUAAUAACCUUGAUGCUGCCGUAGAAUACCUUGAGCCUCUUUUCACCUCUGGAAAGCUGAGCUCUGAUACAUCGAGUUCAAGCAUCAGCUAUGUGUUUAGAAAGCUGAUUGAAGAAAAACUGGAACCAGCUUUGGAGAGAUUGGGUGCCAUGGCUGAACAAUUAGCUAAUCAGUUUGGAAUUUAUAGGCCUGUCACAGACCUUUUCCUUCAGUAUAUCAAUACAGGACAAGUAGACGAUGCCAGAUUUCUACUAGAGAGAUGCAGCGCAAUAGGUGAACAAAAGAGAAGUCUGAUGACUUUCAUUGCUCAGAUAUCCCAGCAACCAGGACAGGUUCAGAAAAUCAAAUUAUUGUUAGAACUGAUACCUGACUUUCCAGAUGUGAAAAAUGUUUACUCUUAUCUCAUGAAAAGCUAUGCAUUAAAUGAGGAUGUUGCUUCAGCAAAAGCUCUAUAUGAGAAAAUGGAAGUGGAGAAAUUGCAUCCAGACGAGUUGUUUCUGAAACGCUUUGCUGUCCUCCUGAAGAAAGCAGGAGAGCCUGUUCCUUUCACGGAGCCUCCUGAGAGUUUCAAAUUCUACGCAGACAAACUACGGAAAGAACAAGAAGAACAUUCAUCAGAUGAAGAUUAACUUUUUUAAUACAUUAAUUGCUGUUGUGAAUAUUGUCACUGUGAGAUAUUGUUUUAAAUAAUAAGUUGUUGGAAAAAAUAAAAUUGAAAAUAGGACUUCUCAGUGUAAUAUACCUGAUUUAACUAAAUUUUGCUUUGAAUUUCUUGCUAAUUCUAAAUCUCAUGACUCUUGUUGCACAUGGCAGCAUGACUGUAGCAGAGUAUCUCCUUCAGUGGCAUGUGCAAACUUUCAUUAGCAGUGUGGACACACACCAAACAAGUCUAGCACUAUUCUAAGGAAUCUCAAAUUCCAUAGUUCCAUAAUAAAUUUAUUUCAAAUA